GGCAUGACAAAUUGCUGGCCAAGCCCCCUCCUCCUCCUCCCCAUGCAGGAGCCAGGGGACGUGCUUGUGCUCUGCCUAUGAACUGACUUCUGCAGCCGUUGGAACAGCGGUUGGUCGCGCCUCUGCAGCUGUCAACCGACACGUGUGAUGGUGCUCUGCCAGGGUUGCGGCCAUGCACGGCGACGUCUCGACUCGGCGAUGCGCAUACAGGACGUGCGUGGGUCAAAAUUAGAUGAUCAGAAAAGGCAAGUCGCAAGAGCUCUGCGUUCCUCUGCGCCCUUUCUUCUUCACAUGCAGGUACAGGCAUCUUGUUCUCUUCGUUGUACAGGGGCUGAGGAGACCUUGGCAGCGGCCGAAGACUAAAGGAGUCGGACUGCAAGAAGGGGCAGGCGCCGACAACAAACAUCGUCACCUCACUAGCAUGAAUCAUUGCGCCGGGCGCUCAACCGGGCUAUCGGCUGGUCAAAGAGCCAGCAGCAGCACAACCCUGCAUGGCGCCUCACGGUUUGGGUUUCUGGGUCUCACCCGUGCCGCCCCGCCCGCAGCUUCUCUCUCUCUCUCUCUCUCUCUCUCUCUCUCUCUCUCUCUCUCUCUCUCUCUCUCUCUCUCUCUCUCUCUCUGUCGGCUCCCUUGUUGAUCCUGGCCGGCCCACCUCCGAACCUCCUUGCGCCCCUCCCUUUGUGAUCGGCACCAGAGCUGGUUCCUCCAGCGCGCGCCGAGUCUCUUCGCCAGACUCUCGGCCGGGUCAUCAUUGGUAGCGAGAUUAAAGGGCGACAGGUUACUCGGUUCAGGCUGCAUGUGGCAUCUUCAAUGUUGCCUCCCGUUCACCUGACUUUUUUUUUUCUUUGUUUAUUUGUUGUUCAUGUUGUUGACGAACAUUUAAGUCGUACUAACUGGGCUAUGCUUCAUUGCUGUCAUUUCGCACCUUGCCGGGUCAGCCUCCAGUCGCUUCAAUUCCAUCCUCGAUGGCGAAGGCUUUUCUCUGUCAUGACGAUGAUUGCACCGGACUAAGAACUUUACGUCCUAGGCAGUGCCGUUCACUCCACAACGGGUCGGUACCUUCCAUUUGCAUCCGGCGUCAAUGGCAUGACUCCUAUUGCUUGAGACGUGACCGGAUAGCAGCCUUCACAGUCAUGGCAACGGGUGCGCAUCAAAGGUAGGCUCCAGACUACCCCCAGAAGAAGAGAGAGAGGCUCUUCAGCUGCUCUGGCAUCUGGGUAGUUGAGCGCGCCCGAUCACAGCUACACCAGACUCUCGCGUUGACCUGGGUCCGCCGACAAGGAAUCCCGGCAUGGGCACAAGGAUUUGUAGGCUUUGUGGGAACAGAUGGAUUUAUACAUCUUGGGGGGACCACAGCCGCCUCACGGAAACCGGUGCGCGGCAUUGCGUGCUGCAGGACUUAGGGCAUGAUGUGAUCACGUUGUCACACGACGUCUUUUGGAACCGUGCGGCGUGCAUGCCCACACCAGACGGAUCACAAACAGCGACCCGAGAUUGUUGGGACGCGGUCCCAGCGCUCCGGUAAGACAUUGAACCCGAGCAACUGGAAGAGGCACGAUGCGGGGCGGGGGAAUGAUCGACAAUGGGUUGAUGAAGACCGCAGAGAGUCCGCUCAGUAGCAUUGAGGCUUGGUGUGAAGGUCAGGUUGGUGUGAAGGUGAAGGUCUUCGGCUCGAGGAACGGAGCUGGCAUAGCGUCACACGGCCACAGCGUCUUGGCUGAUUAAAACGUUUCUUCUUUCUUCGUGUUCUGGGCAGGGGCAUGGAAUGGUGGCCUGCACCAUCGGGACGACAGACCUUGCCGGACGGAUCACCUGGGACGAAAUGUGAUGGCAAGGACGUACUUCUCCGGACUCGCUUGCCUCCCACUCCUUGUCGCCGUGGCCGACGUGAUGGGAACCCGCGACGGGAACCGAAGUCGAAUUGGCCCAGGCAGCAAAGGCUACAUACAAUGUGAGGCGUGGAAUGAGAAAACAAACGGUUUCCGGGAGUCAUGAUAUGUGAUAGAAAGAUGCCCCGCAACAGCUCAUCUAGACUCUGAACUAGCAAGUUGUCGACCACGUUGCCCCUCACCUGCAGCGCUCCGGCCGCCCUUCCUACCCGUUGUUGCCACAACCAGAGAGAGAAAAAAUGGCACCCGUGGUCGUUGUCUCCUCCAAGAACCCCGUCAAGAUCGAGGCCGCGCGGCAGGGGUUCGCGCUCAUGUUCCCCGGCGGCGGUGGCGGCGACGGCUUCGACAUCCACAGCGUCAGCGUCCCGUCGGGCGUACCGGAGCAGCCCUUUUCGGACCGGGAGACGCUCGACGGCGCGACGAACCGGGCGAACAACGCGCGCGCCGCCGAGCCAGACGCGGACUAUUGGGUGGGCAUCGAGGGCGGCGUCGACGACUCAAGACACGACGGUGAGGCGCCACCCGCGACGACGACGACGACGACGACGACGACGACGGACCGCUGGGUCCGCGGUGAUGACGGAGCGAUUACUACUACUAUUAGCGGUGAUGGUAGCACCGAUCAGCAGGCCGACGGCAGCGGCAGCGGCAAGACAACGGCAGCCGCAGGCAGGGGUCCCAUCGAAUCCUUUGCAUGGGUCGUCGUCAUUGGCAGGGACGGGCGCGUCGGCAAGGCGCGCACGGCGGCGUAUUACCUCCCCGAGGAGACGGCGAAGCUGCUGCGCGAGGGCAUGGAGCUGGGCCACGCCGACGACCUGAUCCACGGCAGGACCAACUCGAAGCAGCGCACCGGGUCGGUGGGCAUCCUCACCGACGACGCUGUGGACCGGGCGGGCUACUACACGCAGGCGGUCGUCCUGGCGCUGAUUCCCUUCAAGAACCCGACGCUGACGUUUGGGUGA